CAGGAGGACGCAUGCGCGCUGGCAUCUUGGAGCACCGAGAGGAAGCAGCGGGAAUCAUGGAGAACUACCAGAAGUCCAAGACUGUGGAGCGGCCUCCUCCUCUCCCUUUCAGCAAUCUGCCCGUGGACAUCAUCGAGAUGAAAGUGAAAGAUGGCAGCAAAAUCCGGAACCUGAUGGGCUACGCCAUUGGCAAGAUGGAGCUGGAUCCGGUGAGGCAGGUCCUCUUCAGCGGCGCCGGCAAAGCCAUCAGCAAGACGAUCACCUGCGUGGAGAUCAUGAAGCGGCGGCUGAGCGGCCUUCACCAGAUCACCAAGGUGUUCUUCCAGCAGAUAGAGGAGAUCUGGGAGCCCAUCGUGCCCGAGGUGGGUCUCGACCCGUUGACUGUCAAGCGAAACGUCCCCGCCAUCUGCAUUUUGCUGAGCAAAGAUCCGUUGGACGCUCAGGAGCCAGGGUACCAGGCGCCCGGGUCUUUCGAUGCCUUCUGGGUGGAAACGCUGAAAUCGGAGUCUCAGGGCCAAGCCAAGAGGAAGCAAGGGGCGGGCAGAGGGGCGGGCCGUGCCGGGAAGCAGCAACGUUCCGCCGGCCGAGAAGAGUCCGGCAAAAAGCCCUGACGGUCAGGAUUGGAAAGGAUUGCUGGUGGAGCCAACGCAACCCAGCUGCGUACUGGAUUUAAAACCGCUCGUGCUGGAAAGGCGAGAGAAGAGGGGCCGUGAAGGUCUAGGAAAGGCAUGCCAGUCUGAAUUUGGGGAGCAUUUGCAGCUCUGCCAGCUGAGCUUUGUUAUCUUAUUAUGUGACUUUUCUUGUUUGAAAAGGGGUUUGCACUGGAAAUGCUCAUCACGGGUUUUGUGUCUGGUAUGUUCUGGACCGGUGUGUUUUGAAUGUCAGUCAACGAAUGCGCAGUGAAUUUUCCUUAGAGGGAAAGAUAGCGGGGUUGGAUUUUUCGUGGUUGUUCUGCUAAUGGCAGUGGAAGGAACCUGCUAUGGGGCAGAAGCACCAUUUGGGGGCCAGAUCUGUGGGAUCCAGCUAGAAAGGAGCCUCCUGCAACAGACCAUGAGACGUCUCCUUUCCUCAUCUGCCCCCUGCUGCUAAGAGGGUAGCCCUUUCAAUGACCGGAUCUUUCCAGAUAGAUCAAGAAUCUUUUACUGUGGCCAAAAUCCGGUCAUCUAAGAGCAACGAGGAGCGGAUGCCCCAAUUCUGACGAAUGCUGUUGAUGGAGAUAUUACCUGGGGACACAAAACUCGCGUCGCGCUAAAGAGCAACGACCUUUCUAAAGGUUUGCCGGAACCGGUCCUGGAGAAAUUGACUGUGAAAAUGCCCUGUUGCCAACGGAUAGGCUUUCUUUUAAUGUAUGUGCCAGUAGGUAUGUUUGCAAAGGAAAAACUCAGAUGGCUUAAAACCAGGAAACGUUGGAAAGCUGGCCUGUCUUACCUUUCAAGUCCUACACCUAUAUUUUGGUCAAUAAAGCCCAUGUUUUCAA